AGCGGAACAUUUUAAGGAUCUUUAAACUUGGAGGCACCAUUGCAAUUCCAAUGAAGAGAUGAGCUGAAGAUUAAACAUGUACGGGAAUUAUCCACACUUCAUUAAGUUUCCCACAGGCUUUGGGAAUUCUCCAGUUCACACCAAUUCUGCACCUGCCAAUCUGGCAUUGGCCCUUCCCACAGGGGACUCCAUAGAUGGUCAGUCCAACUACCUUGAGGCUCCCCUCAGUGCUUCGAGGACUCUCUCCUCCCCUAUGAACUCAGUAGGACCAGGCAACACAAUGGGCUCUCCAUACAGGGUAAUUACAGCCAAUCACAUUGGAUCACAUUCUGUUCCUUUGUCUUCACCACCAGGCAUGAAUUUUUCUGCACAUACCAGCCCACAGAUUAAUGUCAUGAAUAGCGUCAGCAGCUCUGAAGAUAUCAAGCCUCUUCCAGGCCUGCAAGGGAUGGGAGCCAUGAAUUACGUGUCCACAAGCCCAGGAUCCCUGACCAAGCACAUCUGUGCAAUUUGUGGGGACAGGUCAUCAGGGAAGCACUAUGGAGUGUACAGUUGUGAAGGCUGCAAAGGCUUCUUCAAACGGACAAUUAGGAAGGACCUCAUCUACACCUGUCGGGAUAACAAGGACUGCCUAAUUGACAAGCGCCAGCGGAAUCGUUGCCAGUAUUGCCGCUAUCAGAAAUGCCUAGCCAUGGGCAUGAAGAGAGAAGCGGUUCAGGAGGAGAGGCAGAGAAGCAGAGAACGGAGUGAGAAUGAAGCAGAGUCUACGAGCAGCAGCGGUGGCAGCAAUGAAGAUAUGCCUGUGGAGAGGAUUUUAGAAGCGGAAAUGGCCGUUGAACCCAAAACUGAAUCUUAUGGUGAUGUGAGUGCUGACAACUCGACCAAUGAUCCAGUCACCAAUAUAUGCCAUGCAGCUGACAAGCAGCUUUUCACAUUGGUGGAAUGGGCCAAGCGGAUCCCACACUUCUCAGACCUGACCCUGGAAGACCAAGUUAUCCUCCUCCGAGCAGGUUGGAAUGAACUGCUGAUUGCCUCAUUUUCCCAUCGCUCUGUCUCUGUGCAGGAUGGCAUCCUCUUGGCUACUGGCUUACAUGUGCACCGGAGCAGUGCACACAGUGCUGGGGUUGGCUCCAUUUUUGACAGAGUUCUUACUGAGCUGGUGUCGAAAAUGAAAGACAUGCAGAUGGACAAAUCUGAGCUGGGGUGCCUACGAGCCAUUGUCCUCUUCAAUCCAGAUGCCAAGGGCCUGUCCAGUCCUGCAGAGGUUGAAUUGCUACGUGAGAAAGUUUAUGCUGCUCUGGAGGCAUACACCAAGCAGAAAUACCCUGAGCAACCUGGAAGGUUUGCCAAACUUCUCUUGAGGCUGCCUGCACUGCGAUCUAUUGGUCUGAAAUGCCUGGAGCACCUUUUCUUCUUCAAGCUGAUUGGUGACACCCCUAUUGACACCUUUCUCAUGGAGAUGCUAGAGACACCACUGCAGAUUACUUGACCAUGACCGGAUACCAAAGAGAGAGGACGAAUGGUACUGAGGAUUCCCAUUUAGGAUGUUGUAGUCCCCCAUCCACUUGUGCCCGUUCCCAUUCUCCUGUCUU